AUGGCUCCCGUCCCGGCGUCUCUUUUGCGAGCUCUUUCCAUCCCCGACCCGGAUCGCGCCAGUCUCUCGACCGCUGGCUUGGGGUCCGGGUUCACCAGCACAGGUGCUAUUCGAGCCACGGUGCCCUCGCCCGCGGCCGAGGAUGAGGAGGAAGAGCGUCGAUAUUUUGUCAAGACAUCUGCCGAUGGCAAGGCAGCCGAAGAGAUGUUUCGAGGGGAGUACGAGUCUUUAAAUGCCAUCGCGAACUCGGUGCCGGGCUUUUGCCCCCGCGCGCUGUCCUGGGGAUUUCUUGAAGAGAGCAACGGGAAGAGCUUCUUCCUGGCAACCGAAUUCUUGGAGCUGGGGGUCGGCGGCCGGACGGGUCCGUCGCUAGCUCAGCGCCUGGGCAGGCUGCACUCGACGCCGGCACCGCCAGAUCCUGAGACGGGCAAACGCCGGUUCGGUUUCCCCGUUCCUACGUUUUGCGGCGACACGAAGCAGCCCAACCGGUACCACGACUCGUGGGCCGAUUUCUACGCCAAUGAGCGGCUGCUGGUCAUUCUAGAUACGUCGGAGGCGCGGAAUGGGCGCGAUGCCAGUCUGCGCGACUUGGUCGAACGGACGGCGCACAAGGUCGUUCCCACCCUGCUCGGCGAUGGGCAUCUGGGAUAUGACAAGGAUGGCAAUGGAGAAGGGAUCAUACCUGUCGUGGUUCACGGCGACCUCUGGAGCGGGAAUGCGGACCGCGGACGCAUCAUCGCCAGUGGUCGAAAGGAAGACGAAGAGGUCGGGGACGUUGUGUACGACCCGUCCGCAUGCUAUGCGCAUAGUGAGUUUGACCUGGGGAUCAUGAAGAUGUUCGGAGGGUUCGGAUCGGCGUUCUUCGAUGCCUAUCAUCGCAUUGUUCCCAAGACUGAGCCGGUGGAGGAAUACGAUGACCGAGUACUGCUAUACCAGCUGUAUCACCAUCUGAACCACCAUGCUAUUUUUGGAGCCGGAUACCGAUCGGGGGCAGUGUCGAUCAUGCAAAAAUUGGUCAAGAAGUAUGGAUAA